AUGGAAAAUAAUUUCCAUCACGGUCACUAUGAGAUUGUUUUCUAUUCAAUAAAUCCCUACAGACGAAAAGAAUUUCCAUUGAAAUGGAAAAUCGAUGAAUCAAAUUAUUUGAAAAAUCACAAAAACAAUUUUAAUUCGGUUCGUCAUGUUCGAAUUUCAUCUUCAGAUUCGCUUUUGAGUUCCAAUCAUCAUUUUCCCAAUGCAACUGAACUUACUCUUGAAAAUAUUUCUUGCAAUCAUUCAGAUUCAUUGAUAAAUCAUUUAAAACAAAGUAUUUCUCUCGAAAAUGUAUCAAAACUUAAUAUCAUGUCAAUGAAAUAUUCAUUUGGAAAAGUCAUUGAAUUGUUAUCAUUAAUACCAAAUAUUAAUACUUUAGAAAUUUCAAGGAUUUUUAUUGAUUUAACACAAAUUGACCAAAUUGAAAAUAGUGAAAGUUUCCAAAGAGUUUCAAAAAGAACUCGAAUCAGAAAUGUAAUAAUUACACGAAUUAAUCAAGUCGAAGAAAUUCAAUUCUUAUUUAAUUUAUGUUCUCAAAUACAAAUUUGUCAAAUUCAUCGAUGUCAAAAUUGUACAGCGUCAAUUGUACGAUUAUUAACAGCGAAGAACAUCGAUAUUGCUCCAAAUCUCGUAUCACUACACAUUGGAACUGAUGAUAAAAGUUAUUUGUAUCGUUUGGAUAUCGUAAUUCGAUCGGGAAAAUUAAUCAAUGAUUGGAAUGUCAAUCUUCAACAGAAUUUAAUACAUCUUUGGAAAUAG